GUGGCACACUUGAGCCUGGGACGGAAGUCAAGGGUCCUUUGUACGCUGCUGCACUUUUGAAGCUUUGCUUAGACUUUUCCCUGAGCUGCUGGCUAUGCAUUAGAAAUUCCUAGGGAGCUUUGCAAAACAAAGGGCUGAGUCCCUCUCUGGAAGAGUCUGAGUGAGUAGCCCUGGGUGGGGCAGACGUCCUUGUUUAACAGGCUGCACAGGCAGUUCCAAUGGGCAGCCAAAGUUGAGAACCGCCGCUCCUUAGGGGCAGCUAUGAGCAGCGGCGGGACAGUCAGAGCCGGUAGAGGGCACUUUUUGCCGCCCCUCCUGCCACCUGGUGAUUCAUAGCAUGAAAUGAAAGUAACAAAAGGAAAGAGAAGAGGAGGAAGGAGCCUUGAUUGGGAGCGGGGCGCGAAAUGCCCCAUCCUAACCCUUGUAGCAAACCACAGCUAAACAUAAGCAGUGGCGCCUUCUCACCAACACAACCCAGUCAUGGCAGCCUCCAGCAUCAGUUCACCAUGGGGAAAGCAUCUGUUCAAAGCCAUCCUGAUGGUCCUAGUGGCCCUCAUCCUCCUCCACUCAGCAUUGGCCCAGUCCCAUCGAGACUUUGCACCACCAGGCCAACAGAAGAGAGAGGCCCCAGUUGAUGUCUUGACCCAGAUAGGUCGAUCUGUGCGAGGGACACUGGAUGCCUGGAUUGGGCCAGAGACCAUGCACCUGGUGUCAGAGUCUUCGUCCCAAGUGUUGUGGGCCAUCUCAUCAGCCAUUUCUGUGGCCUUCUUUGCUCUGUCUGGGAUCACCGCACAGCUGCUGAAUGCCUUGGGGCUAGCUGGUGAUUACCUCGCCCAGGGCCUGAAGCUCAGCCCUGGCCAGGUCCAGACCUUCCUGCUGUGGGGAGCAGGGGCCCUGGUCGUCUACUGGCUGCUGUCUCUGCUCCUCGGCUUGGUCUUGGCCUUGCUGGGGCGGAUCCUGUGGGGCCUAAAGCUUGUCAUCUUCCUGGCCGGCUUUGUGGCCCUGAUGAGGUCGGUGCCUGACCCUUCCACCCGGGCCCUGCUACUCCUGGCCUUGCUGAUCCUCUACGCCCUGCUGAGCCGGCUCACUGGCUCCCGAGCCUCUGGGGCCCAACUCGAGGCGAAGGUGCGAGGGCUGGAACGCCAGGUGGAGGAGCUGCGCUGGCGCCAGAGGCGAGCGGCCAAGGGGGCCCGCAGUGUGGAGGAGGAGUGAGCCAGAUUCCCCACACACCGCCAGUGUCAUACCAAAGAGCUGAGCUGCUUCGGGGCCAUGCAGCCCUCCUGCCAGCCCCCUACCCUUUUCUUGCCCUGCCUCUGAACCUUCAGAACCUUGACCCCUGCCCCAGCCCCACUAGCCAGGAGAAACAGAGAAAGGCCAUUCCCCCUGCCAGUCCUUGCGGCCCUGUCUUCUGAGGUUCUCUGUCUGGGGUUGGCUCUCUUAACCCUUUCUCUGCUCCCAGCCUGCCUCACCAGGGAAGGUUGGAGGGGCCUCCCUCUGGCUUCUGCAUCUGCGCCAGCAAACAUAUCACUGCCAUUGGUCUCUCAUGACUUAACUGGCUUCCCUCUGCUGCUGCCUUGGCUUCCUCCUAAUGCUCGUGCUCUCCUGUCCUUCUGAAGUUGCUCCUUGGCCAAAUCUCCAGCUCCCUUCUUGUUUUCCUCAUCCUCCUACCCUGUACUCCCACCAAACCAUGGUCCUUUAAGGCACGCUCCUGUCCUCUUCAUUGCCCAGCAGUGGGGAGGGGCAGGGGUAAUGGGACCUGAGGAUAAAGGGUGAGGAAACGGGGUCCCCUGAGGCCUGUGGGGGCUGGAGGGGAGGAGGAUGUACCUUGUGUCUCUUUCAAGUGCCUUAAUCCGAGCCAGCAGGGCCCUCUGCUUGCCCGUUGCCAUACUGUAUGUAGGAAAGUGCUCUGUGGCUGCUUUGUGUCAAGAAAAGAGCAGUCACUCUCAGAAUCUUGAUUCCCCAUCAGCCAAAGCAAAAGAUGGCUGCUGCUUUGUAGGCAUGUGCCUGCAAGUGAGGCCUUGCUGGGCAUUAUAUGCCCUGUGGGGGUUUCAGAGACCCUGAAGGAGGAAGGAGGACCCACCUCCUUGUCUGCACAACUGCAUGCACUUCUCUCCCCAUCGCUCCACAACCUGAAGCCGAGAAGGAGUUGCUGACAAGCACCCACCCUGGCAGCCCAGGAGGAACACAGGCAGCUCCUUUCCCUUCAUGUGGUCUGCAGAGAGCAGGGUGAGCUGCCAGCUGCCCCUCUCCACCAGGGUGCCCUGUCUUGGUGGUUACGGGCCACUUUUCCUUGGAGGCUUUGGUGGAGGUGGAUGUCCUUCUCUGCCAGGCCUGGCACAUGAUGUGAAAAAUAAAUGCCCAAUUCUUACUGUUCAGGUUUGAUGUGGAAUCAGAGCUGCAGUGAUACAUAUUUUUUAUCAGUGCUUGGUUGGUUUAAAAUAAAGUGCACGCUAUUUUAUUAUCUUGUUCUGAAUAAAAUGUAUUUACUCCAA